AUGAGGACCGCAACUAUCUUACUGUGCGCCGUGGCCUGCGCGGCGGGCGUGCGCGUCGGGUUCGCUCCGCCCGCCUCCAGCUACGUGUACCGCAGCGACAACGGCGGCCCGCCCAGCCUGCUGCAGCUGGGGCCCGCCUUCGCCGCGCCGCCCGUGCCGCUGCCCUACGUCAACGCGCAGCCCAUCGCCAUCGAGGACGCGGAAGAGGAUGCGGAACACGGCUUCGAUGCCGACGACGACGACGAUGGCGACGACGACGACGAAGCUGGCGUCGAACACGCGCACGAGGCCGGCGGCGGCGCCCGCUAUGGCGAAGAACACCGCGCCGCGCACGGCGAGAAGGGCCACAAGGGCUACGCCUCACGCGCGCACCACGCCAAGGGCUCCGCCGGCGAGCACGCUGACCAGCACCACGAGGGGUAUUACCACGAGAAUAAGGGGGAGAAAGGCGCCCACCAUGACGAAGCGGACGCCCACGGCGCGCACCACCAGGCCGGGAAGAGCUACAAAGGCGGCGACCACGGCCACAAGCAGCACUUCAGCAAGGGCGAGGACGUGACCGGCUACCACAAGGUGUUCAGCAAGGAUGAGUUCAAGAAGGACCACGACUUCUACGACGAGGCCGCCAAGGACGGCCACUUCCAGAAGCACGGCUACCACAAGGCUCACCACGGCGCGGAGAAGGGCGCGCACACGAAGGGCGGCCACAGCGGCGCGGGUUUCGCGCGGGGCGCCCACGGCGACGCCGGCUUCCGCACCGCGGGACGCGUGGACGAGGCGGACGAAGACCACUCCGCAGAGGAGGGCGCCGACGCCCACUACCGGCGGCACGAGGACUACGGCGAGAAGGGCGCCCGCGAUCACGCCCGCGAGUACGCGUUCGCGGAGGGCGACGAUGGCGACGACGAGGAGUGA